GCCGCUCCCCCAACACUCCUACUUUCUUAACGUCUAUAUCUAUUUAAUCUAUUUCUUCUCACCAUCCCCCUCCAACCUCUAUUUCUCUCUAACACUAAAGUUAUUCUCAAUCCCGUUUCUCUGAUCAGAUUUUGAUUCCAAAGAAACAGAGGAAAACCCAUUUUUAAGCAGGGAUAUAUAGUUUUCAUUUAUAUCAACUAAUCAUGGUUUUACUCAGAAAGAUCCCAGAUUUAGAAACUAAUCCUAAAACUCCAUUGCUUUCUGCAACAGUAAUUAACAGCAGCAGCAGCAGUAACAAUAGUGAAUCUGAACAAAGUCCGCAGAAUUCAACUCGAUUCGAAUUCAAUGAAGAUAAUAGUACUAAUAAAAUUGAUCGAAUUUCAGUGAUGCCCAGUACUUGGAAAUCACCAUCAUCAUCAUCGUAUAAAUCAUUAGCAAUUCUUUCAGGUCAUAUUGGUUCAGUUUCAUGUUUAGCUCUCUGUGGUGAAUUUGUAUUAAGUGCUUCACAGGGUAAAGAUAUAAUUGUAUGGCAACAACCAGAUUUAAAGAAAUUCGCUAAAUUUGGUCAUGGAGAUGGUUCUGUUAAAGCUCUUGUUACAGUCGGGAACCGUGUUUUCACAGCUCAUCAAGAUAGCAGAAUUAGAGUUUGGAAAGUCUCGAGAAGUUCAGAGAAUUUAUUUAAACUAGUUUCAACAUUACCAACUACUAAAGAUUAUUUAGGUAAGUUUAUGAAACAGAGUAAUUAUGUUCAAAUCAGAAGAAACCAUAAAUGUUUGUGGAUUGAACAUGCUGAUUCCAUUUCAUGUCUAGCUGUUUCUAAUGGUUUAGUCUACUCUGGUUCUUGGGAUAAAACCCUUAAGAUUUGGAGAGUUUCUGAUUUGAAAUGUUUGGAAUCAAUCAAAGCUCAUGAUGAUGCUAUCAAUGGGUUAGUUGCAGAGAAUGGUAAAGUUUAUUCAGCAUCAGCAGAUGGGAAGAUCAAAAUCUGGAAUACCAUACAAGGAACAAAUACUUCUCAUUUCUUAAAAAGGGUUUUAGUUGGACAUAAAGAUGUUUCUUUGAAUUCUGUAAUUGUCUGUGAAAAUGGGAAAUUUGUUUAUGGGGGUGGUUCAGAUGGGUAUAUAAUUGGUUGGGAAGAAGAUAAUCAAGGGGAUUGGAAUUUAGUUUGUGAAGUGAAAGCACAUAAUAUGUCUGUUUUAUGUUUAAGUUUCAUGGGUGAUUAUAUUUGCAGUGGUUCAGCUGAUAAAAGCAUUGGAAUUUGGAAAAGAGAGAAAACUGGUGGGGGGAUAUGUAAUGUAGGGUUCAUGAAUGGUCAUGAAGGACCAGUUAAGUGUUUACAAGCUUCGUUAUAUAGUGUUGGUGGUGGCUUUUUGCUUUAUAGUGGAGGUCUUGAUAGAAGUUUAAGAGUUUGGUGGGUUCCUAUAGAAGAUGAACAGAAGAAGAAGAAGCUCAUUGAUUCUUAAUUUUGAUUGAUUCAUGAGUCACAAAGUUUUUUUUAGUUUUAGGACUUGGGUUUUUGGCUUGUUGGAGCAUUGGUUCCUUUUUUGAAGUGUCUGCAUUGCUCCUCAUAAUUAGUGUUUGAUUUGGGGUUUUGAGUUCUCUUUUGAUUUUUCUACUUUUGUUGCAAGAUUUGGGUGUGAAGAGGGAAGGCCAAAGAAAACAGUUUUUUUUUGUUCUUAAAAUGGGUUUACGGAGUAGUCUUUCUUUUUUUGUGGACAUCAAUUUGUUUAUGUGAAGAUGCAAAACAAAAAAUUACAGCAUACAAGACUAGUUGUUCCUCUCUUUUUCUCUUUAUACACUGUAUUGUUCUUUGAGUCUUUCAUUUUGUUGAAAAUGUAAUUAGGAAUUUUAAUGAAAUAUAAUAAGUUUUGUUUUCA